AACCAAGCUAGAAGUUCUGUUCCCCCAGCCGCCCCUCGCCCCGAGAGGCACUUCCAGAGGAGGCAGGCCCGGCGUCCGGCUCUGGAAACCGCUCACGGCGGGAUGCUGCUGCUCUGGGUGUCGGUGAUCGCAGCCUCGGCGCUGGCUGCACCGACCCCCGCGGCAGGGGGACAGAGGCUCGGCUUAUCCGCGGCGCCUAACGUGGUGCUAGUGGCCAGCGACUCCUUCACUCCCAUUUCCUUUGAGGACCUCACUCCGGCGGGGGAAGCGAUUUAACUGAUGGAAGGUUAACAUUUCAACCAGGAAGUCAGGUGGUAAAACUUCCUUUUAUCGACUUCAUGAAAUCACAUGGCACUUCCUUCCUGAAUGCCUACACAAACUCACCAAUCUGUUGCCCAUCCCGUGCAGCAAUGUGGAGUGGCCUCUUCACUCAUUUAACAGAAUCAUGGAAUAAUUUUAAGGGCCUUGAUCCAAAUUACACAACGUGGAUGGAUGUCAUGGAGGAGCAUGGCUAUUGGACACAAAAAUUUGGAAAACUAGACUAUACUUCAGGACAUCAUUCUGUUAGUAAUCGUGUGGAAGCAUGGACAAGAGACGUUGAAUUCUUACUCAAACAAGAAGGCAGGCCCAUGGUUAAUCUUAUUCCCAGUAAGGAUAAAGUAAGAGUAAUGGAAAAGGACUGGAAGGUCGUGGACAAAGCAGUGCAUUGGUUAAGAACGGAAGCGGUUAAUUACACCAGACCAUUUGUCCUAUACUUGGGAUUAAACUUGCCACACCCUUACCCCUCACCAUCUUCCGGAGAAAACUUUGGCUCUUCAACAUUUCACACAUCCCUUUAUUGGCUUGAAAAGGUAUCUCAUGAUGCCAUUAAAAUCCCAAAGUGGUUGCCUUUACCAGAAAUGCACCCUGUCGAUUAUUACUCUUCUUACACAAAAAACUGCACUGGGAAGUUCACAGAGAGAGAAAUUCAGAAGAUUAGAGCAUUUUACUAUGCAAUGUGUGCCGAGACAGAUGCUAUGCUUGGUGAGAUUAUCUUAGCUCUUCGCCAGUUAGGUCUUCUUCAGAAAACUGUUGUCAUAUACACUUCAGACCAUGGAGAGAUGGCCAUGGAACACCGGCAGUUUUACAAGAUGAGCAUGUAUGAAGCCAGUGCCCAUGUGCCCCUUUUGAUGAUGGGACCAGGAAUUAGGGCCAGUGUACAAGUGCCAAAUGUGGUUUCUCUCGUGGACAUCUACCCGACUAUGCUUGAUAUUGCUGGGAUUCCUCUUCCUAAGAACCUGAGUGGGUUCUCUUUGUUGCCACUAUCAUCCAAACCAUUUGGGAAUGAACAUCCGACCAAGAACCUCCACCCGCCUUGGGUCCUGAGUGAAUUCCACGGAUGCGACGUAAACGCUUCUACCUACAUGCUCCGGACCGACCAGUGGAAGUACAUAGCGUACGCCGACGGCGCCUCCGUGCCGCCGCAGCUCUUCGAUCUUUCCUCGGAUCCAGAUGAACUAAUAAAUAUUGCAACAAAAUUUCCAGAAAUUGCUCACUCUUUGGACCAGAAACUUCGUUCUAUUGUAAACUACCCUAAAGUGUCUGCUGCUGUCCACCAAUACAAUAAAGAGCAGUUUAUCAAGUGGAAACAGAGUUUAGGGCAAAACUAUUCAAAUGUUAUAGCAAACCUUCGGUGGCAUGAAGAAUGGCUGAGAGAACCAAGGAAGUAUGAGAAGGCCAUCCGUGAAUGGCUUAAAACCCCACAAUUCCAGUAACAACUUGAACAAUAACAAGGAGGCAGUGUUCUAAACCUGUUGAUAACACUUUAACUGACAUGAUGUUAGUGCUUACUAAUUUUACUUACUUUUAAGUAUUAUAUCUUAAAGUGCCAAUGGCUACUUUUUUUGGGGGGGUGUCCAAGGUAGGGUUUCACUGUAGUCCAGGCCAACCUGAAAUUCACUCAGGGUGGCCUGAACUCAAGGCAGUCCUCCUACCUCUGCCUCCCAAGUGCUGGGAUUAGAGGCAUGCACCACCAUGCCUGGCUCAAAUUUCAUAUUUUCAAAACUUUGUUACUGUUAAGACCUUAUUCUUACAAGCAUCUGCCAUCUUAAUAAUCAAAGAAUUAAAGGAUAGAAAUAAAUACUACAAGUUAUAUCUUGCUAUAUAAUACAAAAUACAAAAUAUUUUAAUAACCUAAUAACCACCAUUUAUGAACCAUAAAAAUAGUAAUAUAUUAGCAAUUGAUGAUUGGUCCAUGAAUUACUUGUAUCUUAUAGGAUGACGUGGAUGUAUUUGAUGCAUUAGGACUAUUUAAUGGGUUAUUUACUGAUUUUAUUAGUCUUUUUUAGAAUGCUUUAUUUUUACUCAUUUAUUACAGCCAGAGAGCACAUGGGCACUCCAGGGCUUCUAGCCACUGCAAACAAACACCAGACGCAUGCACCAUUAUGAGCAUCUGGCUUAUGUGGGACCUGGAGAAUUGAACCUAUGUCCUUAGACUUCCCAGGCAUGUGCCUUAACCGCUAAGCCAUCUCUCCAGCCCUUACUGGUCUUUUUUAAAAUAUGUAAUACAUGCACAACGUAUUAUGAGCUUCAAAUAGAACAAAAGAGUUAACAAGGGAUGAGAAGUCUCCCUUUUUUUCAAUCAGUACCCUUUCAAAAAACUCAACUACUAAAACCACAUUACGCUUGCUUUUAUAGCCAAGCAACAUAUUCACUAACAGAUAUAUUUUUACACACACACACACACACA